GUUAUAUUAGCGGCACUAGUUUUAGCCGCGGACAGGCCUUCAAACAUACACGCACGCACAUACACAUACACAAAACAAAUAUACACACGGCCGCAAUAUGACAAAAGAUCAACAUGAUAUGUGCUAUGGUAUGACCUCUAAUCUCUAGUGGUUUCGUGUGAGAGCUAAACGCGUAGCUGUUGCAUGAGUUAUUAUUUCUAAUUAUACGAAGCCUUCUACCGUUAAUUUAUUUUCUUGCGUUUGUUCAAUCGUCGGUAAGUCACUGAGCAGUGACCCGAGACGUGCAAUGCGAGAAUUGAUUGAUGUGUUCUCCGUCAUUACCUCGGGAGAACGUGAGCUACAGUGCGCGAAGGCACCUCUGGAAUACUCUACUGUAAUACAUGUCUACAAAGGACAUUGUUGAUCUAGAGCGAUCACCGAAUCUUUGGCGCGUUCUUCUGCGUCACCUGUGAUGUGACUGUCAUGUGUGUCUUGCCGUUGUCACAUGCCAAAGUGCGCGUCCCGCACCGGAUUAUUAAUACCACAACUAAUGACACUUCAAUUACGUUUCUCAUUGGUAAUAUAACUAGCACCCUCGUCAGCACCUUCACCGUAGCAUCCGUCAUCCUUGUUGACGCGAAUAGUAGUUCUACAGAGUACAGUACGAGCUGCUGUCAUUUUUUUAUUAUCAGCGCCGAACGGUAUCGCUGUAAAGGACAGCCAUUUCGACGGUAUUAUAGGCUAGAACGGCACUCUUGCGACAACAGACAUACUACCCAAUUGGAUCGUGUCUCGACCUUGGCGCUUUCACAUCUGCGACAAACUCCACCGUCUUCGACCUUGACGCGGCGUCCGUUUUCUGCCCCACUACCUCGAGAGUAUCAAAAAUCCUAUAAAUCUUGCUGCCCUGUACUUCUUCGAGGCGGUAUCACCAUCGCGAGGGCUGCUUUUCAAGGAAAGCGCUGGAUUGAACAGCAUCGUUUUCGACAACAUCUCUUCGUGGAUAAUCGUGUACAAAUCAACAUGCAAAUGCAGGAAAAGUCUUGUGUUACAUUGUUAUUAUGUUGAUGUGACUGCCAACGCUCAACGGCUACUGGAAGAUUUUGUGCUCCGUGCUUUCCUGCACCUAUCGCUCCGGAAGUGUGUGUCUGUGUCUUGCGAUCCUCGUGUGAGUGAGUGUGUUAAAUCUGUGCUGCAUAUCUCAGGUCGAGGCGUGUCUUUAACUUUUUGACAUCGGCUGAGAUAGCCGCCAUAACAACGAUGAUGACGACGAAGAUUGCUUAUUUUAUUUUAUGGCUAUGGCUGACUGGCACGAUGAGCAGUGCGCCAGUUGUAGCCAAAGUCAACCAUCGAAGUCAUCGUCACGCAAUCAUUCAACCGCCUGCUGAUAAGCUCAAGCCAUUUGCAUCAAUCGUAUACUGGGCGGUAGUUCGAGGAAAAGUGGCGCUGCCGUGCAAUAUCGAACCGCCAGCGGCCGGUGACGAAGUCGUUCUUGUAUUGUGGUACAAAGAUGAUAGUCCUGCACCCGUGUUUACGUUAGACGCACGUCGGGGUGAUUUGGAACGAGCUCGUCACAUAGAUAGGACGGCGCAGUCCGAUCAGUUAGCAAGUCGAGCAUACUUUAAUAUGGCAAACAAGCCGGCUUUCCUCCAGCUGGAUCCCGUUCAAGAGGAAGACGCGGGCGAGUUCCGUUGUAGAGUCGAUUUCAAACGAAGCCGCUCGAUCAACACUGUCAUCAGUCUACGGGUAGUAGUUCCGCCUGGCGAACCGGUGAUCCUGGACGGGACCGGGAAACGGCUCCAGGGACCAAUUGGGCCCUUCAACGAAGGGGAUCCUCUAAAGCUCACCUGCCAGGCUGAAUACGGCAAGCCGCGUCCAGCCGUGACGUGGUGGAAGGACUUCCGCAUGAUCGACGACUCCUACACGUUCGUCCAAUCAGAGAACGUUGUUAAGAACGUAUUAGAAAUCGAAGCGCUCACCCGAAGUGACGCCCUCACCGGUUUCACAUGCAAAGCAGCAAAUAACAAUGUAACGGUAGCAGUCUCAACAAGUGUCAUCAUCGAUCUAAACCUAAAACCUCAGGAGGUCACUAUUCAGCCAGCAGAGCGGCCUAUUUCGGCCAACAAGCCUUUCGAGCUAACUUGCACCUCAACAGGAUCCAGGCCUCCUGCCAUGCUGUCCUGGUGGCGGGGCGACCAGCAAGUCAGGGCCGGCGUAGUAGAACGCAGCAGCGGUAGUGCAGAUGCGCAGAGUGUACUCACAUUCACACCGACCAUCGACGACCACGGACGGAUAAUUGCGUGCCGUGCCGAGAACAAGGUUAUUCCUGGAAGUGCCUUAGAGCAGGCCUGGAAACUCGAUAUACAUCAUCCACCUCGGGUGAGCGUAUCUCUCGGGGCUAGUAUAGUCGAGGACGAAAUCGAGGAAGGCAAAGAUGUCGUCCUUGACUGUAAAGUCAUCGCGAACCCCUACAGCUCGCAAGUAGGCUGGAUAUUUCAAGGUCGCGAGCUGUUGGCCAACCAAUCAGCGGGUAUUGUUAUAUCGAGCCAGUCGCUAGUCAUGCAGAGAGUCAGCGUUCGCCAGCAAGGAACAUACUCUUGCUACGCAAAGAACAAGGAAGGCAAGGGCGUCUCCAAUGAAUAUGUGCUUAAUAUUAAAUUUGCGCCGAUGUGUGCAGCUACACAGCGUUUUACGUACGGCAUAUCGAGACAGGAGCCCGUGGCCGUCAACUGCUUCGUGGACUCCGAUCCUGCAGAGGUCUCCUUUCGUUGGGCGUUCAAUAGCAGCGAAGGCGUCGUAAAAGACAUCUCCGAAGGCUUCAGCAAUACGAGCGGAGGUCGGAGCACCUUGUUGUACAAACCACUUCUCGAUGACGACUUUGGCUCGUUACUCUGUUGGGCCCAGAAUUCGGUCGGAGCUCAACGUGAGCCCUGUGUCUUCUCGCUUAUUACUGCCGGUCCUCCGGAUGCGGUUCACAAUUGCAGUCAGAUAAAUACCACAGAAGAUGGCAUGACGAUAGAGUGCGCGCCGGGUCCCUGGGAUGGAGGACUUUCCAACCCGCUGUUCACAGCCGAAGUCUACGAGACCGUGGAGGGGAGCAGUAGUACAAAACUGCCUCCUGUCGUUAACAUCUCAACUUUAGGCGUGCCAGUAUUUGUGAUUCGCUCCGUUGCAAAUGGCCAAAGUUUUCGCGUUGUCAUUUACGCCAGUAAUGCCAAAGGUUCCAGCCCACCGUUCGUGCUAAUGGCGCAGACGCCACGGCCGGCUGAGAGGUAUACCGCGGACGUCUCUGCGUUGAUGGCGUUCCGACCAGUGGUGGGCAUUGCCCUGGGGGUCGCCGCGGCGCUGCUGAUUGCCACAGGCAUACUUGUCACCGUUUAUCGAUGUCGGCUACCCCAGCAGCACGGAAACGACAAACACAACCUAUCACACGGCUCGUUAGCUGAUAAAGAUUCUACAGGUGGGUACGGUGAGACAGAUAUCCCGUUGGGGUCCCCUGAAAAGCCGUUGACCCUAGUCAACGGUGGGCCAGCGAGUUCGAGAAUGGAGGACGAGCUUGAAAAAGCCAGUCCAGAUGUCAUUCCUAUGAGCGGGCCUUUGGCGCCGGGAGCGAGUCUGGCCGUGACCCUGGGGGCAGCACGUUCAAGCCAAAGCCAGUCCCGCCAAGGAGGUAACAAUUGCUACUUUGUAGACCUGGAGAGCAGCUCAGCAGUCCCCGUUGAUUCUCCAUAUCAGCAUCUCAAUGUGAUCGGGGGACUUUCGGAUGGAAUUAAGGUUCCUGACCCCAUCUGCCGGUCCACGCCGCCUCUUGGACCAGCCAGGCCAUCUUCCGUCAAGUCGUUAGAAAGAGUAGUGAGCGGUGCGUCGGUAAUGCCAUUAGCUUUGGCCGCUGCCGGUGAACCUGGCUUUUCGGAGCUCGUCCUUGCGACGAAUGUGAUGUUACCAUCGUGCGGUGAUAUGUCAACGUUAAUAAGGCAAAGGCCGGGCGCCACCGGGUCCGGUGGCACACUCCGAAGGGCCAACAACGGCAUCGGGGGAGUACCGACCGAAUACGCGCGUAUCGACUUUCAUCGCUCACUGCGGCCUGCACCAGGAGGUCACUUAUUAGCUGCCGAAGAUCAUUCAGCCUACCCGAUUGUUGGCGACAUCGAACCUAGUCUAGCGCUUGAAACAGCUGUAACGACAGCCAGUUCGGGUAUAGAAUCGACGGUGUGAUAAAAACUAGUCAACCUGCAAAGGAUUUCACGUUUCGUCGAUCACAACAACUCCCUGCCAAUUACAUUAUGCGAGUAUGGAGCGAAAGGAUUAGGACGACCUCUUAUCGCUACUGCACGCCGCCGUGCGACGACUAGCGACCGACUGCGCUGAAACCACACCGACCAACUGAUUGACCGGUUAGGUCAUAACGUGAACUUCAGUCAGUCCAGCUAUUUCCUCAGGAGCUUUGCUUGCUACAGAGACACCCGUGGUACGAAAAGCUUCUUUCGUGUUAGAGAAAGAAAGCCGGCAGCCAUCGUCGUAAUAAAUAAAUAAAAGUCCCGUUAGUCGCCAUGAUAUAGAAACAGGACAAAGUGGUGUUCUCACAGCAUACAGGAAAAACCGCGAGUGAGAGUUGGAUGAGAUCUAGAACUGGCAAUCGUCGGGUAACCCAGAACGCAAUGUAUAUAUUUCAAUUUCAUUGUGUACAUGUUUAAUAAUAUUGUCUGUUAAAAGCGUUAAAACAUCUCUGAAGUCGAGACGAACGACUUUUUCCACUCCCUGUAUGAUAUCAUCUGUAAAUAAGAACAUAGUUUCUGUCUGAACCUCUGAUGGGGGAACCGGAAGCUGUGCCGGCCGGACGGGAAAUAUAGAAACGCCCGGGGAAAAAUGGGAUAGUAGAGCAAACCACUUUAUUAACUAAUUUAACAAGGGAAGAUAAUAAGGUUUUGGGCAUGAUAGAAGAAUGAUGUGUGAAUGGAAGGUAAGCGACAUUCAUCGAAUGAA